UCUAAUUAAACGCACAAAUUGCACUGUACAAAAUGUUUAUAAUCACGGUAAUUAAACUUUUGCUAAUUGCGCUCAACAUAUUUCCAAGCCGUUUUACAAAUCGACGGAUUAUGUUUCUCAUCUAUAUGACGAAUCUAGUGACACACGUUAUGAUGGAUGAGCCCCGCUUUGCACAGCCCAUACCAAAUGUCACCGUUGCCGUUGGUCGUGAUGCCAAUCUGCCCUGUGUGGUCGAGCAUUUGGGCGGCUACAAGGUGGCCUGGAUACACAUUGAUCGCCAGAUGAUACUCACCAUACAUCGCCAUGUCAUCUCACGCAUACCACGCUACAGCAUCACCUAUGCGGACAACACGUGGCUGCUGCACGUCAAUCAGGCGCAUCAGGACGAUCGCGGCUAUUAUAUGUGCCAGGUCAACACCAAUCCCAUGAUUAGCCAGGUUGGCUAUUUGCAGGUGGUGGUGCCACCCAACAUACUGGACAUAGAGAGCACCCCAUCUUCGGUGGCAGUGCGUGAAAAUCAAAAUAUCAACAUGACAUGUCGCGCCGACGGAUUCCCAACGCCAAAAAUCAUUUGGCGUCGAGAGGAUGGCGAGGAAAUUGCCGUAGAGAAAAAGAAAAAAGUUCUGGUCUACGAUGGCGAUAUCCUGCCGCUGACCAAAGUGAGCCGCAACGAGAUGGGCGCCUAUCUGUGCAUAGCCACCAACGGAGUGCCGCCCUCUGUCUCGAAGCGCAUAAUACUGGAUGUAGAGUUCUCGCCAAUGAUUUGGGUGCCGAAUCAACUUGUUGGCGCGCCAGCUGGCACAGAUGUAACCAUCGAUUGCCACACCGAGGCUCAUCCCAAAGCCAUCAUCUAUUGGGUAUACAAUUCUGUAAUGGUAUUGCCAAGCAAGAAAUAUAAGACCGACUACACAGAGAACUCGUAUCGCGCCCACAUGAAACUGACGAUAAGAAACCUACAAUAUGGCGACUUUGGCAACUAUCGAUGCAUCUCAAAGAAUUCUCUUGGGGAAACGGAAGGCUCCAUACGUGUUUAUGAGAUACCUUUGCCAUCAACACCAUCCAAACAAGUAACACACACCACCGUCGAGUCCAGGGAGAGCAAUAUUAUACCAACUUUACGCAACGAUUCAACGAAAUCGCUACAAACGGAUGUUUACGCCAUGAAAAACGAUUUGUAUGCUGGCAGUGGCUCAUCGUCGGCGGGCUCCAGCUCAUCCGCGGCCUCGUCCUCAUCGAUGCAAACAUCCUUGCUGCCCGGUGGCGCCCCCGGCAAUAGCCUGUCAGCGCUAAGCGGCGGCAGCAAGGGCUCCCUGGCGAUAGGCAAGAGCAUGUUCUACACGGAACGUCCACCGAACGAGUACGCAAGCUCCACCGCUGGAGCUUUGCAUAGGCUGUGUUGGCUGGGCGUAGGAUUAGUUCUGCUGUUUGCUGCGCUUUGAAAUCAAUAAUUUGAGUUAAACUAAAAACAUAAUAAAAAAUGGCAUUUGUAAAAUGCAGCCAAAGGGGGGUGAAAAUGGGGUAGCUUUUAGGUGUAUUAAUUUCACAGCUGAAGCAAACUGAAAACUGAAAACCAAAAAUGAAUA